UUGUAAAAGGAAAGACGACCAGCCAUAUAGAGCGGCUAAGCAAGGUUGUGCUCCAAAUUGUUGUAAAGAGCUCCGGCGCAAACGCACUCAAUACGGAUUCCACACUCAAACAAAUCGGGUCUUGCCUUAGCCGGAAAGCUAUGCGUGAUUCAGAUUGACGAGAGCUAGCAACGCGUAUGGUGUGCUUUUUUAGCGUCGUGCGCGUAAAACAAUAGGCAAAAACGACUCACACGCAAACAUAACUACAAAUACAAAAGCAAAAAGAAAAAAACAAAAAAGCACUAAAGUCAGCGCAGUGAGAGAGAGAUAUAGAGUGAGAGCAUAAAGUGUAUAGAGGUUGUUCGCCACCCACAGCACACGCACACAACGAACGGGCGAGUAAAGCAAAGCGAGUGUGUGUGCCGCCGACUAAUACAGACACACUCGCACGUGAAAACAGUGAAAAGCAAAAUAACAAAACGGAACGCAAAGAGAAUAACGCCCACCGUACAGCGCUGCUCCCCUGUAACACCCGCUAGCGUCCAACGCCUGACGUUACUGUUACCACAAACAACCAUCACGUCACGACGCCCCCUUUACGCCGCAAACGCCACGCCCCCGCCCUUCAAAAGCGUAGCGUGUUCGUAGAAACUAAAGAAGAAGAACAAGAACAGUCGCCAUUGGAGCCUUGCGCAGAAAUCGAUUUUUUUUAUCAUUGCCCAUUAUAGUACGUGUUUUCGCGUACGACGAAGAGUAUCCCAACCUCAACCGAAAAUCGUUUCAAACACGCGUUUUGUGAGUGCGUGUGAGUGUGUGCAUGAGUGCAAGAGAGGGCAGCGAAUAAGAUAAAGCCAAAGCAUUGCAAUUGCUGUAAAUACUACGUGUUAAUUACUGCAAUUUAAUAUAAUUGCAAAAACGAAUCUAUCGAUCGCAAAUAAUCAAAUUCUCAAGUGUUGAACAUCAAAAUAACAGCAGCAGCUAAAAUAUAUAAAUAUAUUUAGCUUAUUAACGUGAUUUCUUGUUGCUGAUUUGUGAGUCAUAAUAGCAUUAAGCAGUUUUGGUGUUGCUGCUACUUGACUUGAGGCGCUGCUGCUGCUUCUGCUGGCAUUCACGUUUGCGUUGGCGCUGCUCUUACUCUCUUUGCUGCUUUGCGUUGUACUCUUGAGCGCAAAAGACCCCCCCAAACGACGUUAACGAAAAAUGCGAAAAAGCGACGGCCAAAGAAAUCAAAUACAUACAUACAAAAAUAUAUAAUAUAUUACGUGUAUAUACUACGUACGGUGCCGUCUCGCAUCUAUGUAUAUUAUUAAAAGCAAACAGAAAAUAAAGUGAGGUGCGUGUAUAUGGCCAAACAAAAUAACAGUGAAUUGAGCAGCAACUACUAGACGGCAACUCUAGAAACAAACAACAACAAUAACAACACACACACAUAAACAACAAGCACAUGCACAUGACUACUUACAUGUUUAAACGUAUGUAAGUACGUAGUACAUAUUUAUUUAGGGCACGCUGUGCUGCAUGCGAAAAACCAUUUAGCGGUCACAAAAGUCUACGAAAAAUCAAUAGUCGCUUUGUAAGGCAGCAGCCAAAAAACGCUCACGAAAAGUAACUAAAUAAAUAAGAAGUGAGCAAAAAACAAAAGUGAAGUGAAGUAAAUGUGUGUGUGUGUGCAAACAAGUUGAGCAACAAAUACGCUGCGGCUUGCUGUUGUUGCGAAAAAGACCCAACAAACGUUGACAAUUAACGGCUAACGAAAAAGCAAUAACAAUAACAAAAGCUUACGUAAAAACUUACGCCGCAUACACGACGGGUAAACUGCAAUCUAAAAGCUCACCGAGAGUUUAUCUACAAAAGCAACAACUACUACAACAACAACUGCUUCUUCUUCUUCCUGCUUGAAACGUGCCCUUGGCAGCAGCAACAGCAACAACAUGACAAAAGACAGAUUAGCCGCCUUGCAUGCCGCCCAGUCGGAUGACGAGGAGUCCGAAGAUGUGGCCGUCAAUGUGGAUGGCCAUGAUUCCUACAUGGAUGAUUUCUUUGCACAGGUGGAGGAGAUACGCGGCAUGAUUGAUAAAGUGCAAGAUAAUGUCGAGGAGGUAAAAAAGAAGCACUCGGCCAUUCUAUCGGCACCACAAUCCGAUGAGAAGACCAAGCAGGAGCUCGAGGAUCUGAUGGCCGACAUUAAGAAGAACGCCAAUCGUGUGCGAGGCAAACUCAAGGGCAUCGAACAGAACAUCGAACAGGAGGAGCAGCAGAACAAAUCCUCAGCCGAUUUGCGUAUACGCAAGACGCAGCACUCGACGCUGUCGCGUAAGUUCGUGGAGGUCAUGACCGAAUAUAAUCGCACCCAGACCGAUUAUCGAGAGCGCUGCAAGGGCAGAAUACAGCGUCAGCUGGAGAUAACGGGACGCGCGACCACCAAUGAGGAGUUGGAGGACAUGUUGGAGCAGGGCAAUCCCGCCGUCUUCACGCAGGGCAUCAUUAUGGAAACACAGCAGGCCAAACAGACGCUGGCCGACAUUGAGGCCAGACAUGCGGACAUUAUGAAAUUAGAGACAUCAAUUAAGGAGCUACACGACAUGUUCAUGGACAUGGCAAUGCUGGUGGAGUCGCAGGGCGAAAUGAUUGAUCGCAUUGAGUAUCAUGUGGAGCACGCUAUGGACUAUGUUCAGACAGCAACUCAGGAUACCAAGAAGGCGCUCAAAUAUCAAAGCAAAGCGCGACGAAAGAAGAUCAUGAUACUGAUAUGCUUAACUGUUUUGGGUAUCAUAGCGGCUGUAUAUGUUAGCGGAUUCUUUAUGUAAAUUGUUGCAAUUACUUAAACUAUUUAAUACACACACAAACACCACCCACACCCACACACACAAACAUACGAACACUCGCAUACACUCACUAUACAUACAAACGAAACAAAGUUAAACUCAAUCUCUCGAUAUCUGUUUAGGAUGUUGUGUGCAACCCACCCAGAAAUAUUUAAAAAAGAAAAGAUUAUAGUAACAAGAAAAUAUUUAAAAAAAAAAAGCAUUAUACAGUUAAGCAGUCCUUGCCACAUACACAAACACACUUGAAUACUUUAGGCUCUAUUAUUAAUACAUAUAUACAUAAAUAUAUAGAGAGAUAUAACACAUUAUAUAGCUAAUUUAUAUACGAUUAGUUUAGAAAGCAUUGAGGGUCUACUUAUUGUUAGUGGCAAAAGGUGCGCAUAUUUGUUGUUGUUAUAUUCGCUAAAUAUGCGCAUAAUUAUGCUCAACUCACACACACACAUACUAACACUAAUACACACGCAAAGACACUGCAACUAGUUAAUCAAGGCUUUAUUCUCAUGAACUCUAAUUGUUCAGCUACAAAAAUAAAAUAAUACAAAUAUUUAAAAAGAACAACAAAAUACCAAGCAAAAGAUUAUGAAAAAACAAGCAAUUAUAUAUACUAUAUAGUCUACAAUAUGAAUUACAUAAUAUGUAAACAAAAUACAACAAGUAAUUGCAAAAGAUUUAUAACAAACUUAUAUUGAUUAAUGCUAUAAUGCGAAGCUAACUCAAAAUGUUAACAAAACGAGCAACAACAUACAAUAUUAUUUUAAUUUAGACUCUGUACAAAACAAAUAACAAGUACAAUAGUCUUAUAGCGUGCUUAUGUGUAUAACAAGCACUCUAAACAUAUGUAUUGAGUCUUACACUGUCGGCUGUACACGACUGUGCUUUUUGAGUUUCAAUUCCUUUUUAGCAAAUACGCAUUUAAUUUUUCGUUUCGGUUUAGAAUCUCAAUGCUUAUCUUAUAUAGACUCUCAUGGCACAUACACACAAAGAAACAAACAAAAACCCACACACCACAAACUUUAAUCUCAUUAAAAAUAUAACACUCUCGUUAACUUCCUGCAUAUUUAUUAAAUGA